AUGCCACCUGCUACAAAGUUGAAGAACAAACAUAAUGCCCACCGAGUACCAUGCAUCUGUCGUACACAUGACUGUUAUCUUGGUCAAUAUGUGGAUGCUCACGGAGUUACUCGAGCUGGAGUAGAGGUCUUACCUGAGACACUUGCUACUCAUCAACUUGCCGACAGAGUAAGACAGGCUACUUUGAGCGGUUCUCAAAGAACUCAAACUGUGAAUCAAAAUGAUCCAAACAACACGGCUGCUCUCAAUACCCUUGUUGGAACUUUAUCACACUUGGGCUUGAAUUCAAUCAACCCUUCAUCGUUCCAAGGUUAUAGUCCGUUACAUCGACACACACAAAUAUUAACAGGCAGGUCUCAAGCUAGUGAGGCAGGUUUAUUGUGGUCCGAGAAUGAAGCGUCCAAAUCCGGAAUACAAGAAAGCACGCCAGUCCAGACUACUCACGCACGAUCCAAAGGACCACUUUCAGAUCAAGAUUCUGAUGAGGCUUCUUCCUUGCCAAAGAUCUGUACCGCUGCUACUUCAGCAAAGACAGCUGGUGUCCAGAUAUACAACUGGGAUUAA